GAUUUGUGAAUGCAUGGUGUCAUGGAAGUUUAGGGUCCCAGGAGAGGAACGAGAGAGGACGAUCGAGACCUUAUUAUUGAAACCUGACAUGAAGUAGCUGGUCAUAGAGUGUCUCUUCCAAAUCAACAUGGAGGAAGGUGAGAAGACCACUCCCGAGGCCAGUAGCAGGGAGGCUGAAGACAAGCAGCCUGGCCAGUCAUCUGGACGAUCACUGACCACACCACCACCCAGGGACAGUACAGAGUCCAGCAGUGACACCAAGGAUAAAAUUGUUAAAACCGAAAAUGUUGGUGCGGAACCGAAAGUCACAGAUAGCAACAUGACCAACAGCAGUCUUUUGGACCCUGAGUCUUUCGAAGACUUCAAUACCAUGUUUCAGCCGGCGCUAGGAACAGCCCGCACCAAAAGCCCCGAUUCCAGUCGUCCUAAAAGCAGCAGCAGUGGAGAGAUUAUGUUUGAAGCAAAGCGAAGACGACGUAAAGUUGCAUCGGGACCAAACGCUCAUACAGUGACAUUUACCGUUAAUGUUGCCAUGGCGAUACCAACAGUAAAAGACAAGUCUGGACACGCUCGUCGACAAGGGACGCCUGUCCAACCUCAUGUUGAGGAUGAUUGUCAGCCCGAUAUAAAGGAGAUGAUGAAGAAGAAGAAGCGUGUGUUUGAGGCGCCGCGGGCCCAGAACUACUACCAUGUGGAGUACUACCUGCUUCCUGACGAGGAGGAACUCACCAAGACCGACAUCGUCACAUAUGGCAUGGCAGCCAAGAUAUACAUGGAGAGACACGACCCCCGCGUCAUCAAAACGUGGCAAGACGGUGACGUCACGUGGAUCGCCUGGGCCAAUACACACGUAGUGACCGUGACCAGGGAGGUUCUUCUCAAAAUGUUUAAUCACAAGAUUGAACUCCGUGUGUGGGACACAAAGGAUAAAGUCUCAACGAGAGCCAGAUUUGAUCGGCCGAAGGCGUUCCGACUCCCACAAGCGAAACCAGCCAAACAGCCACCAUGUGGCGAGGACCUUGACGAGAUCGGUGGGGUGAAGGCCAGCGUGCUGAAACAGAGUGGCAGCUUCUCCAAGAUGCAGCCGAAGAAAGGGAGUGCGGUCCGUCCACUGCCAGUCACCAUCACCUACACCAAGUCAGAUGGAGCAGCCAAGAGGAGAGGCCGCUUGAGAGGAGGGGAGGAGGAUGACUUUGAUGAAGACAAGCUGUCUGACGCAGGUCAGCGUGACCCUGACAACAAAGGGGAAUCCCCAAACAACGUGUCUCAAGCAGAAGAAGCUGCCCCUAGCCCCAACACUCUCAUCGCCGUGGCUAACCGCGAUGUUGGGGGACAGGACAUCAGGACAUUCAGUCGGCUGGGGAAGCUUGCUGGAGCGGAGAGUCCGACACAGUCCCCCAGCAAGGAGUCCCGGAUCAGUCGCCAGAGUGCGGAGAAGCUCCCAGUCGGGAAGUCCAGGAGUCCGUCCCAGUCAUCCAAGGUCAAGAAGAACCAGGGGCAAAGUAGUCCCCGAUGGAGCACCUUACAGCCAAUGGGUCGCAAGAGCGCCGUGAAGAGACGUAGCAAGAAAGCAGAAGCAGCAGCUGCAGAAGCUGCUGAGAAAACCAAGAAGUUAGGGAUCUGUGUCGUCCCAAUCAGGAUGUCGCUGCUGUUUGCAGGUAUGAAGAGCUUGACCGGUCGCCUGCAGAAACCUGUCCCUGGCAUAGAGGACGUGUUCAUCUCUGUGGCGCUGGACAGUCCACUGAUGACAGACAAACAGAAGGCAGACCUCAACCCCAUGAUCAUUAAGAUCCAGUCGGCCACAAACCUGCCAGAAACACCCAUGUCUUACCAGGAACUACAGACAAGAUGCAAGCCAGUGUACUGUAAAUAUCAGUUCUUCAAACAGCCAGCACAUGUCACCAUGGGGAAGGACCAUGCUCACAACAUCUACUGGGACGACAUCAGCGUAGCCCUGCUAGGCACCAUGGAGCAGUCGGAACUAAGGGAGUACCUGAAUGGUCCGGCGCUGGAGAUCGAGGUGCAUGAUCGCGACAGGAAGGAAGAGAAGGUCAAGCUGAAGGCCACAUUGUUUGGGGAUGACCUUGAAGAUGAAAAGAUCAGUAGUGUUGGCACAGUUACCAGUCGUAGAACUCUGCACAACCCGUUCGAGGGACGCAACAAACCCUGGGACCCGUUUGGUUUGGCCCAGGUGGACUUGUCUGAACUCUUGUUGGGUCAUCGCUACCUUCACCUCAAGCUGCCCAUCCAGAACUCCGCCAUCCCUGACAUGCUGGGCAAUGAGAUGAGGCCAGACGGACGGGUCAUCGGCAUCGCUGGAGCUGUGGAUGGACCAGUUGACUGUCCACUGUCCACGGGUCACUAUAUGAAUGCCAGUGCCACACUGAAGGUAAAGAUUGAACUGGCACAUCCUCUGACAACACCAUCUCGGGUCUCUGCCAAGGAACCCUUACUCAGCACUAAUGAGUGUCCCUUUGGCCGCAUCGUCUUCCUGUUCGACUACAAGAACGUGUCGAUGCUACACAAGCUACAGGACCUCAUCACCAGCAUCAACGCCCACGCCCUGGAGCUGGACGACAUGCCGCAACACGUCAUCAACGCCGCGCUGUCCACAUACAAACUCUCAGCAGAGCAGCAGCAGAGUCGUGAGUUGGACAUCAUCACCGGCUUCCAGGUGCUGGACGGGAACAUGCAUCUGUUUGUGUUGGAGGGACUCCGUGACAAGGCCAUACAUGUACUGUGGGAAGCCCUGCCUCAACCACACAACUCAGAUGUGACGGUGCUCUUCAACUCGGACAUGUUGUUCAGCAGCCGACUGUACGGCCCCCUGGACGUGGACCUGUGUCGUGUGAAGCUCCAUGAACCACUCUCCAUCAUCACCCAGCAGUCCUUGCUGUACGUCAGGGACAUGGUCCCCAAACCAUGCUUCCAGGCCCUGGUCAAACUAGAACAGCUGUGCAGACUGAAGACGUUCCGAGAUGCUGUCAGAAACAGUUUGUUCCCCUCGACGGAGAUGGUGAUUUCCAUGAGUCGGGAGUUUGGUGUACCUUUCACUUCAGAGGACCUCCAAGAGCUGCAGCCAGUGGUUGAGAAGGAGGUUGUUGUCGCAGAGGAGAGGCCUGCCGCACCCCGCCCAUUCACGACCCGAGAGUGGACCCCGAUCGACAACUUCAACCUGGAGUAUGUGACAGGUAUCGCUGACAGGGACAACCAGAGACUACAACAUGACUUCCUCAAGGAGAACAUGGACGAUGUUCAGCAGCAGAGCAUCAAGAACAAGCUGGAGCGUGGAAACAGACCUCUGACCAUCAAGGCCGAUGUCACCACAGCCCACAACUACAGCUCUCAGACUCUCAACUCCACAGACCUCGGUCGAGAGAAGCUGCGUCAGAUCCUGGCUGCUAAGCCUGACACCAGAUACACCUACUGCCAGGACUACCACCACUCCAUGACUGUCGUCCCCAUCAACCCAGAGGCUCUCCAGAAGGAGGCUGAAGAAAAGGCCAAGGCUUGUUGGAGGACCGAGUCUGGCUCCGUGUACCCGGGCAUGAAGAGCAUGCAGGAUAGCAACAUCCACCCAAAACGCCCCGAUGACGCUCGGACUCAGGAACUGCAUAGGCCCUGGAGAGAGAACCUGCUUCAUGUAAACAUCCUGCAACCUCCACUGUCUCGGGACAACUAUCCAUGGGACUACAGGCUACUUGACCUUGACCUCUACCGCCGCCCACCGCUGCGUUUUGGUAACGAGCCAGUCACCAUUCAUCUUGCUGGAGAGAAGCUUCGUCAGGAGAAACUAGCAGCUAAGAGCAAGGAUCUGUCUACGUGGAAAUCCAAGAUCAUUGUGGAUGACAUACGUCACCAUGCACACAGAUGCCUACCGGAGACGGAGAUGAAAGGUCUUGGGUUCUACUCCAGCAACCAAGUGGACAGACUCAGAGGCCUUCUCAAAGACUCCCCUGCCAAGUUCACUCUGAAGCGCCCUGGCCUCGCCCUGAACGAGAUCCCUCCUCUCAAUGUUGUCCUCAACCCUAGUGUGGACACGGAGGCACGGGCGGCAGGGCUUCCUAUCUACCCAGCAGUGAGAGGAGAAGGGAUGGAGAGUACCAAGGGAUUCAAACCUGGACCGUUUGAGGGAAGAAGGUGGCAGCUUGAGAAGAAUAAGAUUCCAGUGUUUGACUAUGAGCAUCAGAAGUUUGCCAGAGUCAAGGGCCGGGAUUUCAAUGUCUACCACACAAACAGGAACAAUCUGUGGAAAAGAGAAAUCAAUCCUCUCUCAGAGGAUGACAGAGACAAUCAUCUCUUCCGCAUGCAGGACAACCCAGACAUCUGGGGGCCAGUAGACAAUUCAGGAUUUGACCUUCAGAGGUCAUACACUCAGCCAAUCAUCAGCCACACUGCAGGGAUGACCUUGACCUCCCAGUCACCUGAUCUCAUCCACCAUACAAAGGUCAAGAAGCAAAUGGAAGCCAUGGCUAGUUGAGGAUUUUAACCUCAUUUAGCUAUAUAUAUUUUGUAUGUUUUUACUUUUUAACUGCUGUAAAUGAGGUUUUGUACUUACAAAGUGCUUGACAUUUUACUCCAAAGAUUUGCUGUAACCGUUGAAUGUAUUUUUAUGUUUUCUGCUCAAUUACUGUACAAUUGUAUGUAUGUUGUAAGUAUUUCCUGCAACAAGUGUACUUAAAAGCUGUUUGAUAAAUCCUGAAGUUAAGUGUGAUUGUGUGCAAUGUACAGAGCAUUACUGUGAUUAUCUCAGUGUGAUAUGUGAUCACCGUAUUCACAUCACUUAUGUGAUACCUGUCAAAAGUAAUUUGAAAAAUUGCAAUAUAUUAUAUCUUUAUGUUCCACUGCUGAAAGAUAAGCAUGCUGGGACAAAUGUCUUGUAUUGAAAAUAUCAUACUUUCACAGAACCAUUUAACAAACAUUAAACUAUGUUUGAUCUUAUUUCAGUAUUAUUUUUUUUUAUUAUUAUUAUUAUUUUUAUUUUUUUUGUAAUUGAUAUUUUAUUUUUGAGUCCCUAUUAUAAACAAAACCAGAUACCAAAGCAUUGCUUGGCCCAAAUCAGAUAGGACAAGGUAAAUUUCACAGAAUUUAUUGCUAAUUUAUGAAAUAAUUUCUGAUAUACAUCACUGUUCUUAAUUUCAAAAUCAUUUCAAUUUUAACCAAAAAAAAUAAUUAGAUAUCUUCUAAUCAUGGACUUUUUGGUUAUUAUUACUUUUAAAUUUAUUAUUGUGUUGUCACAAUUUGUUUUCUUGAAGCACAACAAUAUUUGUUGUGUGAAGUCGUGUACAUACUGCUGACCUGUCAUAAUAUGCAGAGUGAUAUUUAUUGUGAUCUCAAAGAGUAUAUUUUUGGAUUGUGUACAUUGUGUAUAUAACUACCCUGAGAUAGGGUGCCCACCCUUGAUACCAAAUCUGUGGUACCAUACUGCUGAUGUGUAUAGUGUCAUGUACACUGUGUGUUAUAAAUAGAUGUACUUAUACCACUCACACAUUGCUAAGGAUAUGUCACCUAGAACAAACUUCGAUAACAGGGUAGAGGAUAGCCAAGUGGUAAAAGUGUUUGCUCAUUGCACAGAAUUCUGGGUUUGAUUCCCUGCAAUGGUACAAUGUGUGAAGCCAUUUCUGGUGUCCCCUGCCGUGAUUUCGCUGGAAUAUUGCUGAAAGCUGUAAAGAUAACAAUACUUUGAUCAGACAUACAAAUAAACAAUUUGUGUGUUAAACUUUUAUAGUUAAAACAUUUCUAUUACAUCAAUAGUGAAUCAGCCAUGUAGUGAAAUAUCUGAUACAGUGAAUUAUUCAUGUACACAGAAUGUGACAAACCUAAAUUUUCUGUUGAAGUUUGCUGUGAUAUUUUUUAAUCACUCAUUCUCUAACAUUCGUCAUUAGUGUCAAGAAAAGGUCACAUUGUCUAUAACAUUUCUAUCACUGAUUUGAUGAAAGAGUCGUAAACAGUUGCCUACAGAGACCUUAUUUUCUGUAAUGAAAUUCUCCCUCAAGCAAUGUGCACUUCAAUACAUCCAUAUCCUUAUCAAUACUUGAGUGGAAUGUAAUACUCCUAAUACACAUGUAUAGUUAGUUUGUAUAUAGAGUCUUAAGCCCAUCUGUUAUAUAUUAAAGCCUUGCAACUGUUAUGGCUAUACAGCCCCUAACUCCAGUGUGUAUGAGAUGCACAAGUAACUGGUUCUUCAUUACAUGUUAAGUGUAAGGCAGCAAAGUGGUGAAUAUCUGAAUGUCUAGUUACUCGGCAUCAUCUGACUGAAACUACAUCAAAGUGACACAAAAUACUGCAUAAUCAGUAAUUAAUAAUAACAUCCUGAAAACCUGAAAAUAAUAAUUAAAUGAAAAUAAGUACUUCAAAAAAAUGCCAGAGCAGAACUUACAUGCAGUGCAUUCAUAACAUAUCUUAAAUCUUCCUUCAAAACUGGUGUUGCAUUUCAUAUAUUAAUACUGCACAUGCAUUAUGUGCAGUUUCUCUAACAAAGUGAUAUGUCCAGGGGUUGUAUAGUUGUGAAGACGUGGAGGGGGAUAAGAUUAGGCCAUUACUCCAAUCUUUGUACAUUUGUGUCUGUACAUAUAGACUGAAAGUAACAAGACCCAAACCACUGUUGUGAUAAUCAGGCUGUUAUACAGUAAUAUCACAUGUAUAUCUCAUACUCUUGACUGUAGUAAAAGGCAUGGAAUUCAUAUCUAUGUCUAUCUGUGUGUUUCUGUUGUCUGAAGUUACAUGCAGGUUCAUUCAUGGUCAGAUUGAUAUCUAUAUAUUUAUGCUUGUGUGUAAUAAAUUAUUGAGAGUAUGAUAGAUGGUUUGUAUGACAAAAGAAUAGAGAUUAUGUACACAUUCAAUAUAACAUUGACUAUGCUCAGAGUCCCGUUUAACAAUGUGAUCGUUGGUUACGAGUGCUGGGAUUAAAGGUAUGGAAGUUAGCAUUGCCCUAGCACUACGCUUUCUUUAUGUAACAUGGCCCUUGACAUUAGAAUGAGUUUAAAUUUCAAUUGUCACAAGUCCCAAACCACAUCACAACAUUGUCGGACAUUGCAGCAAUGUCAGUCAGCACAACAGUGUAUGACAUUACGACAGUGUCUGACAUCACAACAGUGUCUGACAUCACAUCAGUGUCUGACAUCACAACAGUGUCUGACAUCACAACAGUCUGACAUCACAUCAGUGUCUGACAUCACAGCGGUGUCUGACAUAACAGCAUCUGACAUUACGACAGUGUCUGACAUCAUAACAGUGUCUGACAUAACAGUGUUUGACAUCACAACAGUGUCUGACAUCACAACAGUGUCUGACUGGGUCUGAGUUACAAGUCAGUAUUAGUAAUACCCUUUGUGUGAAUACCCCAUGUAUAAAUGACUGUGAUAUGAAGUGUAGCUGUUAUUUGUCAAAUAAGAGAAUGAACAUUUACAGUGGACUGUAAACAUGUAGAUAGAAUUCUCAUGAAAACAUGACCAUCAUCGCAUCAAAGAUUAUUUUAUUGGUAUUUUGUGAAUAAGAUGCAACUUAGCAUGCCAUGUUACAGUAGUUGUGGCAAGUACAUAACUCCCCUCAAAAGCUACCAUUGGUUCUUUUAAAUGCAAAAUGUCUUCAGCUUAAUUACCUUGAUGUGAAACUAUGAUUUGAAACACUUGAUGUGAAACUAUGAUUUGAAACCCUUGAUGUGAUACUAUGAUUUGAAACCUUUGAUGUGAAACUAUGAUUUGAAACCCUUGAUGUGAAACCUUGGAUGUGAUUAGUAUUGAUGAGAAACCAUGAACAUGAAACCUUGAUAUUAAAACUUGAUGUGAAACCUUGAUGUGAAACCCUUGAAAUGAAAUCUUAAUGUGAAAUCUUGGAUGUGAUACCUUGAUGUGAAACCUCGGUGUGAACCAUUGUGUUCACCACAAUGGAUAUCUUCCACUGUAAAGUCUUUUAAAUCUCUUAAAAACCUUGUGUAAUGAAUCGUAGCUACCACAUAAUGACAUCUAGAAUAAACAUAUACAUAUGUCAUUACAUCACAGUUUUUGAUCUGACAUCACUUACUUGUCGCACCUCACUUGAUGCUGUUUACAGUUUAGUUACCAAAGUCACAAGAUUAUUAUGAUUACAAGUUCAGUCAUUGAUCAAUUUUGUACAGUCUGCUAUUGAUGUUUCUUAUUCAUAAUGCAUUCCUUACUAGAUAGUUUGGAAUAAAGGUUAUACUACUGAGUGUGCAUUUAAACUUUAUGAAAUCAUCACCGGGAACCUAAACUCUUAUAUGACUUAUUUCUGCCGAAACUCUAUAAAAUACAUAGCUUUAAAAUAGUAAUAGGACAUUUCAUGCAUGAAAAUUUGAAGAGAUUUUCUUUUUAUGAGAAGGAGGUCUUAAAUACAGUAUAAACUGAGUCCAUAGGUUGAUUCAGAGAAGGGGGUGCAGGGGUGCGGGGGUGCCCAACACCACCCACGCUAACACCCACACCCCUUUUCCACAUGUAGAGAAGUUCUUCAUACUGGGAGAAUUUACCAAGUAAAAGGUACUGAAUAUCACAUGCUGGUGUAUAUUUGUGUUAAGUAAACUGUCAAGAUAUUUAAUUAGGAGGUCAUUUUCUUCAUUAAGUUUGAGAGAAGCAGUGAUGAUCAUUUUAUGACAAAAUAUCUUUAUUAACCUCUUGUGUUUCUGGGAAUAUUGUGGGUACAAUGUGUGAAGCCCAUAUCGUGUGUCCCUUCAGGGAUAUUGCUGGAAUAUGGCUCUAAGUGGUGUCAAACUAAACUUACUCACUCACUCAUUUUGGGAAUAUUGUUUGAAGGUUUCUCAAGUAACAAUGUGUGUGUGUGUUAAUGCAAGGUCAUUAAAUACAUACUUGCGGUGAAAAGAAUGUUGUACACUGUUCUUAAUCAUACUGAGGGCAUAAACAUAUAUUCACACU